AUGGAGGCCACCGCGCUUGUGCUCCUUCCUCAAGGUGGGCUCACGGUGGGAGCACCUCCCUGCGCGCGUGAAAGAGGCGUGUCCUGCGUAAUGAAGAAGAGCUACGCAAGGAGGAUCAAGCGCUGCUCCACCGUGCGAUCGGUCAUGGUGAGGCCACAAGAGGUAACGCUAGCGCCGAUACCAGCGCCCCCAGCGCCGGUGAGAGAGACGGUCGCAGGGACGACGGCGACGACAGUGUACCACGACACCUGGUUCGACAACCUGGCCAUCGGAUACCUGUCCAGGCAACUUCAGGCUGCUUCUGGGUUAAAGAAUGCAAAGCCUGGCUACGAGGGCUUGAUAGAGGCCGCUGUGGCAAUCUCCAGAGUCUUCAGGCUUGAAACACAGGGCGGAAUUGUGGCCAAAGCUCUCGAACAAGCAAUGCCAAGCUAUAUCGUCACAAUGAUAAAGGUGAUGAUGCCGCCUUCAAAAUUUUCCAGGGAGUAUUUUGCUGCCUUCACCACGAUAUUCUUCCCUUGGCUCGUUGGACCGUGUGAGGUAAAGGAAUCUGAAGUCAAUGGAACAAGAGAGAAGAAUGUGGUGUUUAUCCCCAAAUGCAGAUUUCUGGAAAGCACCAACUGUGUCGGUAUGUGCACGAAUCUUUGCAAGAUUCCAUCCCAGAAGUUUAUGCAAGAAUCGCUUGGAGUUUCUGUCUACAUGUCACCCAAUUUUGAAGACAUGAGCUGCGAGAUGAUCUUUGGACAGCAACCUCCUGAAGAUGACCCAGCACUGAAGCAGCCCUGCUUCCGCACAAAAUGUAUUGCAAAGCAGACCUAUGGUGUGAAUUGCUAGCAUAUCUGGUCAGAAGGAAAUUAUUAAUGAUUAAACACCACCUAGUUAUCAGUGAAACGCCUACAGCUCCAUGUCCUUCAUUCUGAUUCCUUAGGGAAGCAGCACUAGAUCCAUAGUUGUAUUUUUUUAGAGAAACUUGCAGAAAGCAUUUUAAUACAUACAAUUACUGUGUCAGAUUGUUACCAAGAAUAGUCUAAGAUGAAAUGGGGAGCAACAAAAAGUAUCAUAUUGCUCUGAGCAAGAAAUCUGUACCAUCACUUAGUGGACCAUGAUAAUACUUAUCUGUUGCAGGAAGACUCUGUGGGUCCACGUCAAGUUGGGUCCAGUAACAGAAGAUCAAUAGUUUUGAUUGUUAAUUUAAUCUUUAUACUUCCAAGACAAAGUCUGCUUGGAUUGUGAAGGUAAACAGUGUAAUCACCAAUGUGCUCUGGCAAUUGUGGGAAUAGAGAAAGACAAGCAUUCAAAACUGAUUUGUUCGCAACAUUUAGAGCACCUACCAUGGUCCACCUCUGCCCUAACGAACCUCCACCCCUGCCUACCAGCAAUCCAAGAAGGUAAAAUCCAGAAAGAGGCUGCUAUUUGGUAUAGUUGGCAUGAGCAAAAUGAUCAGGGAGUUGUGUGCACGACCGAAAGAGCAAAAUUUAACAUG